UAACAACACGGAGAUUCCCACACACCACGUGACGGCGUCGUGUUGCGUCGUCAGCGGCUGCUCUAAAACCAGUUGUUAUUUCAGUCUGUCCAGCGCUGGUGGAGGAGGAGGAGGGAGAGUUAAUGUCGGCAGUUACUCUGAAAAAAACACAUUAAAGAUUGAUCUAGCAGCAAAGUGAGCCAUACCAUGUCUCAGGACAAAAGUGGAUACCCUGUUAUGGGUGAGACCAACCCACUUCAUAACAACGUCUAUGGACCCCCUCAGCCAGGUUUCGGUAUGCCCCCUCCUAACUAUAGUCAAGCCCCAGGGGGACCGUACCCACCAGCAGCUGGCUAUGGACAACCAGGUUUCCCCCAAGCAGGCCCAGGUUUCGCCCCUGGUCCCUACCCUCAGAUGCCUUACCCUCAGAUGCCCUACCCUCAGGGGCCCUACCCUCAGGGGCCUUAUCAGCAAGGACUCGCACAGCCAGGCUUUGCAGGUGACAGCACAGCACCUCCCGGCAGCCCUGGUUACCAUGGUGAUGGGCCUCCAUCUUACUACGACAAUGAGGAGUUCACCAGCUCAAGCUUUGAGGAUAAGAGCAUCCGACAAGCCUUCAUCAGAAAAGUCUUCCUGGUUCUCACAGUGCAGCUACUGGUCACUUUCUCCUUCGUUGCCGUCUUCACCUUUGUCGACGACGCCAAGCUGUUUGUGCGACGCAAUCCGUGGACAUACUAUGUGUCCUACGCAGUCUUCUUCGUGUCUCUGAUUGUCCUCAGCUGCUGUGGAGAUUUCCGCCGCAAGCACCCCUGGAACCUGGUUGCACUGUCCAUCCUGACCCUAAGCCUGUCCUACAUGGUGGGCAUGAUUGCCAGUUUUUAUGACACGGAGACUGUCAUCAUGGCCGUGGGCAUCACUGCAAUGGUCUGCUUCACUGUCGUCCUCUUCUCACUACAGAGCAAGUAUGACUUCACUUCCUGUCGCGGCGUGCUGUUUGUGUGCCUGAUGGUGCUGUUGCUCUUCUCCAUCCUCUGCAUCUUCAUCCGUCACAGGAUCCUGCACAUUGUCUAUGCCUCACUGGGGGCCCUGCUCUUCACCUGCUUUUUGGCCGUGGACACUCAGCUUCUCCUGGGCAACAAGAAGCUGUCCCUGAGUCCAGAGGAGUACAUUUUUGCUGCUCUCAACCUCUACACUGACAUCAUCAACAUAUUCCUCUACAUCCUGGCUAUCGUGGGACGCUCCCGUGAAUGAGGCCCCACCUUCAAGAUAACAGGAGGGAGAUAGAGAACUCCUCCCUUUAUUGUGAAAUGUUGCUAACAUGGCCGUUGCUCUCAAACUCCCUUAACUUUUUCUUUCACUUGUUUUCAUUAUACUCCUCGUCUCUUCUCCUGUCACACACAGUUUUUUUUAAAACAUAGUUGGUCUGUGCAGGAGAUGCAGCCUGUCAUAAAAUACAGCUGAAAGGGACACUAUUUUACACAAAUCUUGCCAUCAGUGACAGAAUGCAUUGAUCUGUCUUUUCCUCAAUUUUGACCACUCUGCUUGUUUUAACUGGUCUCUGCUUCUACUAACAACGACAUUAUAUGUACACACACACACCCCUCCAGUUUGGCUCGGCACAGACAGUAUAAAACGUGUUAUCUUUGGGUGAUAUUAAACAGAAAAAGAGUGGGGAAGGUGCCGGUAGUGCUUGAUAUUGAUGUAAACCAGCUUUUCCUGAAGAGAAGAUGUUAGUGCUAGAAAUUGAAUCUCCUUCAAUCUGUCUCUUUCCCCAAACUUAUCUCUCCCUUUCAGUCUGCUGGUGUAAAGUAACUCUGCAUGGCAACAUUGGAAACAACAGAGGAAUAUGUGUAGCUUGCUUGUCACAGCUGUAAAUAGUAAAUUGUGUAUUACUGUAUAUGAUACCACUAUACCCCCCCCCCCCUGAAAGGCAUGCUGGAGUGAUCCAUAUGGAUAUGUUGCUUUUUGGGAGAAAUAUGCUCUGAUAUCAGAACUCCGCUUACCCACUAUAGUAACUAAAAUCUUUUAAUGGCAGAAGAUUAAAGAUCAGUGUUUGAUGUGUAUGACAAACAUGAAGAUUAAUAUUUCUAAAGUAUAUAUUCUUAUGGAAUAUCUUAUUAAAAGGAAUAAAACGUUUGUUCUGAAAUUUCUUUUCAAUGAUCCAAAGCUGAGCCCCUUACGUUCUUCCUUUCUUUUUUUCCCCCAUCUCUGGUCAUUAAUGUGAAGUGCAAAUUUUGUGCUGUAUUUAUUUCUUCUUAUUACAACUAAUGUGAAUUACUUUUCAAGUAUUGUUUUUUAUGACCACAUUUAUACCAAGCUAAUCCAAGUAUCACAGCUUCUGAAUUGAUGGACUCCAGCCUUGUAGGAAAUGGUACUUAUCUAUUUAUUGAUUGAUGUAGAUAACAGUUUUGCUUUGAAGUUACUAUAAGCAAACACAGACGUUGAGGGUGAAACUACAACAUACUGGUCACAUGCUUGCUCAAAAAAGUGACAGCAACAUGCACUGGAAGCCAAAACACACACAACUUGAAUGAUAUAUUUAACAUUUUUUAUUCUGUGAUUUCUGUUUUGAUUUUUCACUUCUUGCAUGACCCUCUCCUCUCAUAUGCAUGUGCGAUAAUGCACACGGUACAGGUAUUCCUGUUAUGGAAAGACGCAGUGUUUGGCAGCCCUGUUAGACUUUUUUUAACUCCUGUGUUUGUAUCUCACUAAUGUGUACAUGUGUAUAGAACUCCUAAGUGGUUUGAUGUGUAUAGAUUAAGUAAUUUUGGGGCUUUUUGGUCUGUUUGCAUUGUAUAUUUGCAUUAAAUAGAAGUGGAACCACAUUCCCCUACACUGCUGUUAGCUUUUCAUUAAAACUGAUACAAUAAAGGUGUUGAACUU